AUGGACCGUUACGAAACUGAUGUUGGUCGCCCACUCUCCGAUUUGCAUAGGGUUAUGAGCCCGAACGAGGAUACGAUUGCUGACGACGAAGGUAGCCAGCGACCAAGAGCAGAUGUCUGUCGCGAAAUGGCCGACGCUCAAGGAGAGAACUUAGAGGUCAACGAAGACCGUGCGAACACGCCAAAACAGCUCCCUGACCUACUUGUGGGCCUCAACAAGCGAAUGGAUCGCAUGGAGGCGUCGCAAGAGAAGGCUAUGGGCAGCGAUGCUUCUGACGUGACACCACCCAGGCGUGUAUCGCCAGCAGUGUCGCCCAACACGUACUCUAGUGUUCACCAGCGUGGGUUCGCCGAUGCAGCUGCCAACGUAAAAUAG